GAGAGAAUUCCCUCGCACAAACAAAAGCCGCUGCCAGGGCGUGUAUCAGUUCCUACGGCUCUCAGAAUUUACUGUUGUAACUGUAACCGAGACCUGUAGCUGAAGGAAGUGUAAACCCCGUGUGAUGCAGGAUGUGAGGACAACCAGCUACACCAAGCCUUCGGGUAGCCUACAUUUCAGAAAGAAGCGUCAAUUUAUUCCUGUCUGGAGGCAACAACAUCGUAUUUGACAUCGCGCCGACUCCUUUCAGAAGAGCUCUUCUGGCCAAGCUGUGAGAAUCAACCUGACAGAGACGAGUCUGUUUGGACUCCAGGGGAAACAGGUUCCUGCGCUUUUUCUGGGGCCAAACUUGCCCACAAACUGCAGUAUGCCAUCGCUGGAGUUGAAAUGCGGAGUCUUCUUGUAGGAGGAUAGAGUGACCUGGCCGCGCUUUAAAACAUGACAGGUCAGGUCCGGGGGGAACCGGGCCGCGGGGCUCACAUGGAUGACAACGCCGCCAUCCGCAUCAACGUGGGAGGCUUCAAGAAGCGUCUCCAGUCCGACACUCUCUCCCGGUUCCCCGAGACGAGACUUGCGCGUCUACUCCACUGUCAGUCCAAAGAGUCCAUACUGGAGCUGUGCGACGACUACGACGACACAGAGAAAGAGUUUUACUUCGACAGGAACCCGGCACUCUUCCCCUAUGUGUUGAAUUUCUAUAACACUGGGCGGCUGCAUGUCAUGGCCGAGCUGUGCAUCUUCUCCUUCAGCCAGGAGAUCGAGUACUGGGGCAUCAACGAGUUCUUUAUUGACUCCUGCUGCAGCAGCGCCUAUCACUGUAGGAAGAUGGACCAGGACAGGGACGACUGGGAAGACCGGAGUGAUGAGGGGAGCACCACCUCAUCAUUUGACGAGUUGUUGGAGUUUUAUAAUGACGCCACCAAGUUUGACAAGCAGAUGCUCGGGAGCGCACGGAGGCGCGUGUGGUUAAUGCUGGAUAACCCCGGCUACUCCGUGGCCAGCCGCAUCAUCAGCAUCCUCUCUAUCCUGGUGGUGCUUGGCUCCAUCGCCACUAUGUGCAUGAACAGCAUGAGUGAGUUCAGCCUGUUGGACAGCGAGGGGCAACCCACAGAGGAUCCCCGUUUUGAGACUGUGGAGCACUUUGGCAUCGGCUGGUUCACUCUGGAGCUGGUCGCCAGGUUCGUAGUGGCACCGGAUGUGCUGCACUUCUUCGAGCACCCGUUAAACGUGAUAGACCUGGUGUCCAUACUUCCAUUUUACCUGACACUCCUUAUAAAUCUGGUGGUGGAGAGCAGCCCGGCGCUGGCCAAUCUUGGACGCGUUGCGCAAGUGCUGAGGCUGAUGAGGAUUUUUCGCAUCCUGAAGCUGGCCCGCCACUCCACAGGGCUGCGCUCCCUGGGGGCCACGCUCAGGAACAGCUACAAAGAAGUGGGCCUGCUGCUUCUCUAUCUGGCCGUCGGGGUGUCGUUUUUCUCCGUCAUGGCCUACACGGUGGAGAAAGAGGACAGCGAGGAUCUCUCCACCAUCCCGGCGUGCUGGUGGUGGGCCACCGUCAGCAUGACCACUGUCGGGUACGGAGACGUGGUCCCGGUGUCCAUAGCGGGUAAGCUGACUGCAUCGGCGUGCAUCCUGGCAGGGAUCUUAGUAGUUGUGCUUCCGAUUACGCUCAUUUUCAAUAAAUUCUCCCUCUUCUACAAGAGACAAAAACAGCUGGAGAUCGCAAUGAGAAGCUGUGAUUUCGAUGAGGGGAUAAAAGAGGUGCCCUCGGUCAACCUGAGGAACUAUUACGCACACAAAGUCAAAUCCCUCAUGGCGAGCUUGUCAAACAUGAGUCGGAGUUCACCCAGUGAACACAGUCUGAAUGAGUCAAUACACUGAAACAGUUUUAUUAAGGACACCCGGUCGGGAUGGGUGACACCGUUCAUUCAAUGUGGCUGCAUGAGGAGCUGUCCGGGGCGCUGAAACAUCUGGAUCAAAAGCUCACUUCCUUCCCACUGAUAUCUGACCGUUUGCCUCUCUGUAGCUCUGUGCAAUAAUGUGUUAAUCUAUGUGUCAGUCACAAUGAGAAAGUAAGCAAAUGUACUGGACAGCCUGAAUAUAAUAUUUCACUGUGCAUUAUUGUGGUCUCUCACCAUACAGGCCAGACAAAAUUGGACGACAUAAGAUUAAAAAGAAAGAGAAUGCUGUAGAUGUUUACGGUCCUUAAUGGUGUCACACUGUAGCCCCCCUUCAGCUAUACUUGUUGUGAUCAAAUAUGUCUGAAGUAGCUCCAGCUGUAUCUCUUUUUGGAAGAGUGUUGAUGUGUUAUUGUGGUGUUGCAACAAGAUUAUUUCAGAUGUGUAGUAAAAGCAAACUAUUAAACAAGAAAUACGUAACACAGUUUUCCUGCUUGUUUCAUGUACAGAGCGAGGGUCUUAAGGUCUGCCUAAGUCUGACUUACUGACUGAGAUAACACAUGAAAGCCUGGAGGGGAAAGAUGGAUUCAUAGUAGUGACUGACACAAUAUCUAAAACAGUUUGACAGGCAUAGCAACAACCAUUCAGAGCUGACAUGUUGAAUCAAUUUAUUGUGAGUUGAUUUGAUUUUUUUGCUGCACCACCAUAUAAUGCAAAAAUAUGUUUAUUAGUCAAUAUGCUUUACUA